UCUUACAACAAAUUUUUAUAAUCAAAAGUUCACAUCCGGUUCACAACGGCUUCUAGCACGAAAUUGGGACUCUCCUUUGUUGAAAUGGCAAGAGAUAUGUCAUCGAAACCUGGAAUGCUUCUCCAGAACAUUAUCCAUGAUGAAGUGGUUGCUCUUUGUCAGGCGUUUUACAAGUCAGCUCGCAGCCUGGAGAUUGAUGGCAUCAUAUGUGUCACUGUAUUAGAUUCCAAAGAGCAGCAAGUGAUUAAAAUACACAAAACUUUAACGUCAAUUUCUGGGAAACCUAAUGAAGAAGAAAGACGCCAAAAUUCACAACCAGACAGUGUUCUUGUACCUCCAAACUUUCAGAGUGACAUUGCAACACUUGACAGUUUAUUAAAAUCAGCCACAGCUUCUUGUAAAGAUCCUCAAAUUGAAAACUAUAAAAACAAGCGAAAAAGAAAACCACCAAAGCAAAAACAAUAUUCCAACAUUGCUGAGGAGGUGCCUGACAAGAUUUAUUCACAAAAGUCAGAGGAACAAGUGACAACUAAUGAUACAGUUAAUGGAGAUCCAUAUAGGGUACAAAAGGAAGUUUCAAGUUUAGUACAAACAGAUUCACAAAGAGCAGAUUCUGCAAUUCCAGAGAACAUUGUCAUAAAGACAGAGCCCCAAGAUCCAGAAUAUGACAGUCUCAAUGAACAUACCACAGGUAUUCAAAAUGGUAUUAUAAGCCAUGAGAAAAGUGUUAAUGAACACAGACCUGCAUCAGAACCUAUUUUGGGUAAUGACAAAUGGCAUGAAAAUAGCCCGGACUAUAAUUUAGUAAAAGUUGAAAAAAUGCCUGAAACAGAUGAGAAUGUUUUCCUUGACUAUUAUAGAAAUGAAAGCAUUGAUAGAAGAGUUUCUUCAGGUGAAUUACUUGUAGAAAAAAACGGGGACAAAAGUGAAAACAUUGGUGGCAGUGACGGGUCUGCAUUUGACAGGUUUAGCAGUGACAUGCAGCAGUUCAGCAGUUUUCCCACACGCCGUAGAAUAAAAAAGCCUAUUGAUGGGGCAAAAUGGAUUGAACUGGUGAAGAACAAUGUAACACGAUAUCAGGAAGCUCUUAAGAGAGCUGGCAAAAUGGACGUGGCUGUGAAUGAAUUGAUAUCCGAUGAACAUCGUCUCCCCAGAGGUGCUUCUUGCCCAAUCACGGAAAAGCAAAACCAGUCAAGACUUCCUAAUUUAAUCAACAUGUUGAACACACCUCCCCUCUCAAGAACUCGCAUAAUGGCCAUAGUACCCUUGGAUGGAGAUACAGGAACCAGUAAUUUGAAAAAGGAUUCAAGCAUUCCUGUGAAUGAUUCUAGAAGUAGCUCAGACUCUCCAUUGCCUCAAAUCAAAAUUGAGGUUGAUGAUGUUGAUGCCUCAUAUACUGGUGACCAUGGUGACAAACACACAACAAAUCAGUCACCAUCUUUAAUUGGCAAUUCUUUGUUGCAAAAUCAGAAUCAAAACCAAACAUCUGGUAAACUGGAAAAUCGCUACCCAGCUCUCUUCAGUCAACUCCAAACAGGACUUCAAGGUAGUUUAUCAAACACGGUCGUCAAUUCUGAAUCAUUAGUCAAUAGACUUCCAUUCAUUUCAUUCCAGGAUAUCUUUUCUACAACAUCCUCGUCGCCUAAAAGUGUUGAGCAAGCAGAAAAGGUUAAGCAUCAAUGGAAUUGGAAGAAACGGAAAGUGCGAAAAAGUCACGAUCCUGUAGAAAAUUUGCAAAGAAACUCUAAACAUAAGUCUGACUCUGACAAUGAUUGGAGACCAAAUGUAGCGAGUGACUGCAGUGUUGAAUCAGGGGAAAGAGACUCUGCGUGGGAUAGCCGGACAGACAGACCCAAGAGAAGAAAAAGUGCAAAAAUAAAUUUUGCAGAAUUAGAAAACUCUGAUAUUGAAUUUGAUGAAUAUGACGAGGAUGAGGGUUCAGCAUCUUUUCCACAGUUCGGGAGUUCAGCAGAAGAAAUAGGAACAAGCUAUAAACCUGAUAAGUCAAGCAGUGUUCAGCUAAUGCAGGCAUUAGCAAGCAAUGCUGCUGCUAUAGGCAGUCAAAGUGUGUUAAAUAGUGGUGGACUACCGUGCAGUAUUUGUGGAUUGGACUUCAACCAGGAGUACCGAAGGAACUACCAUAUGAUAAAAGUGCACGGAGUUGCUCAUGAAAGUGAAACACACCUGUUCAGAUGACAUUGUAUACAUUGCUUAAAAAAUGUAUAAUGUGACACUAAUUGUUGUUUAGUUUUAAAUUUCCAGAAGUGAUAAUGCCACUGAGUAAUUUCUUUAUGUAUAUAUUGUAUUUUUUAGAAAGCAAACAUCAGCCUAGUAUAACAGACAUACAUUGUAUUUUAUUGUUUGUUUUUUUACAUCACAAUCUUUGUUAUGAAAUUUACCAUGACUUGAUUCUUGAUACAUGUAGGUUCAGUUACAACAUGCAUUCAAUUUAAAUGCAUUCAGUGCAUAUGCACUGUAGAGUAGUAUGGUAAUUCAAUUUGAAAUAAAAUAGAGAUGUACGUAAGCACUACAUUCUUUUCAUUCUGUGAAAGCUGGAAAAGGAGAAACACUUGUUUAAGCUCACCUUUGCACAUACAUGUAGUGCUUGUGGAAGCUUUUAGGAUGAGGUGAUGUCAGUUGUCCGUCAGGGUGUGAGGUGCUCCGUAAACUUGUUCAUCUAAUGACUUAUUCAGCUUUCCCACAGAUUUUAACUUGACAGAUUUUAACAAAACUUCAUUAUCCACCAUGCCCCUGCAUGGUUUCAAAACAUACCACAGCUAUUACACUAACAUCACAAAAUCUCAUAUUACUGUUUUGUUUCUAUGUGUGAGUGAUAUAGAGCCUUUAGGCCCUCUUGUUAUUUUUGUAUGGUUUAAUGUGGUAAUAUCAAACUAUUGAUGAUUUUAUCUGUUUUAAACAGUGAAAAAAAAACGGUAAACUAUGGAUUAUAUUCACUGUUUCUCUGUUAAAUAAAAGUAAGAACUAGAAAAAAAUCUCAUCAAACCCUCAGUUUCGGAGGUUUAAUAUUUGGUAUGUUACAUGUAUUGCGGUCUUCUACCAAAUUCCUUUAAAUCAUGUCCCUUGGGACCAAAUGGACUCUUGAGGGGCGUCUCUUGUUUCUUUUACAGUAUCCACACUAGCCCUGAAAAGUACUUGAAAAAGAAGUUGCAAUUGUAAAGUACUUAAAUUGGGUAUACAUGUAGCUUGAAAAAAUGCCCAAAUGGUACUUAAUUUUGACACUAAUACUUUCAAUUAAUUAGCAAUCAAGCCAGCUUGGACAGUUUUGGGGCAUGUCGGUUAGAGCCUGAGGUUAAGGUCACCCUUCCUUAAAAUAGAAAAAUGGCAUACGCUUACUUAAGUUUCAACAAAUGUAUUGCACUGAAAUUUUGGGCCGAGGUAGAUUACACGCAGACCUCGUUUGGCAUGACAGCUGUUGCCAGGUUAAGGUCACUGCCACUUAAAUGUAUAAAUGAUUGACGGUGAAUAACUUGUGUUUGGAUGGUGGAAAUGCAGUUCAAAUUUGUGUGUAGGCCACAUAAAUGCAAACCUAGCCGGGAGUUAAUUUGGUACGCUUUAGCUCAAUCUCAUGGUUACUAAAAUAAAUUAAUGAAGUGUUUUUAAUUUGAUCUGGGCAAUAAUUAAAUUUUAGACACACACACACACACAUUAAAAAUUGGUAUUUUUAGCUCGACCAUUAUAUAUGAAAUAUAUAUAGUGGAGCUAUCCUACUCACCCCGGCGUUGGCAUUCCCGUUAGCGUGCAAAUCUUAAAGUUUGUGUACCACCCCAAAUAUUUCCUAUGUCCUUUGACAUAUUGCUUUUAUAUUUUGCAUACUUCUUGACCAACAUGACCCCAAUCUAUAAACAAGAGCAGACAACUGUAUCAAGCAUUUUGACAGAAUUAUUGCCCCUUUUAUACUUAGAAUAUGCAUAUUAUUAAUAAAUCUAUGUUAAAGUUUGCGUACCACCUCAAAUAUUUUCUCUGUCCUUUGACAUAUUGCUUUCAUAUUUUGCAUACUACUUUACCAACAUGAUCCCAAUCUAUAAACAAGAGCAGACAACUGUAUCAAGCAUUUUGACAGACACUAUGGCCCCUUUUAUACAUAGAUAAUUGAACAUUUUGCUUAAAUUGCCAUAACUAAUUUAUUUAUGAUCACAUUUGAUUCAUACUUUGACAAAACAACACUUACCUGACAUACCACAAUGCACUCCUUAUUUUUGAAAGAUCAUCUAUUAAAUGACCACACACCCACAUUAUACCCCCCCCCCCCUCUCCAUGAUGGCUUACGUUAUACUGUCAAGCACUCGAAUAGUCGAGCGCGCUGUCCUCUGAGAGCUCUUGUUUAUUUAUUUAGCAGCAUCAUAAAUACUAGAUACAUAUAAGCAAAACUUGUGUUCAAAAAUAGCCACAUCAGUUAAACACAUGCACAACAAAUUGGAUGUACGGAUGGAAAGAAUACCCCAUUACAACUAUUUUUAUUGGGGGUUAUUAAACGUUAAACGUAACAAUAUCUUUAGUAUCAAAACUAUCGUUUAUGUAUGAAUACACACCUGUGGUUUAGUGGAUUUGUACUUCAGUCUAAAUUGCUAAACCAGAUACUGGUCCCAACUUUCAUACUGCACUUUCUCCACCAAUCAUUAAAUUAACGCAUCAACAUACGUAAAACACAGCAGGUCGGGUUGCUGUCCCCUACGGAGGGGUUUGCGCUUUGUGCGUCUGUGAGUCUGUCUGUCUGUCACACUUUUCUGGAUCCUGCGAUAACUUUAAAAGUUCUUAAUAUUUUUUCAUGAAACUUGCAACAUGGAUAGAUGGCAAUAUGGACAUUAUGCACGUCAUUUCAUUUUGUUCCUUCGUCAAAAAUUGUGGUGCUAUGGCAACCAAAAAAAUUAUUCUGAAAAUGGUGGAAUUUCUGACAAUGGUGGAGCCGGUAGGGGACCAUAUUGCUUGACAAUAACACUUGUUGUAUAUGUCGCAUAAAAGAAAUUGAAUAAAUAAUCAUAAAAAUA